GCGAGCACUGAAGCCUCGACGCACCGCUCUCCGGGACUACAAACUUGCUCCCUUUCCUCUCUCUUUCCGCUGCACUUUGCAAUAGAUUUCGCUUUGUUUUCCCUCCAAAUGCUUCUCCCCCACAGGAGUUGACGACUCAUCUCUCCUUAAAAUCAGACUGCUUUAUUCCUCAAACUUUUUCUAGUCGGACCGGAAUCGAGGGGACAGGUGGAAAUGAUGGCGAGCGGACCGGCACCGCGCGGUGUUGCGCUCUCGCCGGCUCAGCGCACCCAGGAGCGGGUCGUGCUGCUGCUCUGGCCGCUGUUAGUGACCUGCUACCACUUCGCGUCGGCCCAGGAGCUGCCGACCAACGGGGUGAACGGGUACAGCCUGCAUCCGCCCUACUUCAACCUGGCCGAGGGCACCAAGAUUACCGCAACGGCGACCUGCGGGGAGGAGGAUACCGGCAGGACUGUACAAGACCUCUACUGCAAGCUGGUCGGAGGCCCGGUGUCCGGAGAUCCGAGCCAGACCAUCCAGGGCCAGUACUGUGACAUCUGCAGCCAGGGGGACAGUGAUCGGGCCCAUCCCAUCACCAACGCCAUCGACGGGACGGAGCGAUGGUGGCAGAGCCCGCCUCUGUCCCGCAGCACUGAGUACAACGAGGUUAACGUUACCCUCGACCUCGGACAGCUCUUCCACGUGGCCUACGUGCUGAUAAAGUUCGCCAACUCUCCCCGUCCGGACCUCUGGGUUCUGGAGAGAUCCAUCGAUUUCGGUCAGAACUACCAACCCUGGCAGUACUUCGCCUCCUCUAAGAGAGACUGUAUUGAGCGUUUUGGACAGAGAACCAUCGAAAGAAUCAACAGUGAUGACGACAUCUUCUGCACCACCGAAUACUCGCGUAUAGUCCCACUGGAAAAUGGAGAGAUUGUGGUGUCCCUGGUGAACGGUCGUCCCGGGGCGAUGAACUUCUCCUACUCGCCGGUGCUGAGGGAUUUCACCAAGGCCACCAACAUCCGGCUCCGCUUCCUGAGAACCAACACACUGCUGGGACACCUGAUGGGCAAGGCGCUCCGCGACCCCACAGUCACCCGCAGGUAUUACUACAGUAUCAAAGACAUCAGUAUCGGAGGACGCUGUGUGUGUAACGGACACGCUGAGGCCUGCAACGCCAAGGAUCCCAACGACCCCUACAAGUUACAGUGCGACUGUCAGCAUAACACCUGUGGCGUGUCCUGUGACCAGUGUUGCCCUGGAUACAACCAGUUACCAUGGAAACCAGCCACAACCUACAGCGCCAACGAGUGUGAACCGUGUAACUGUCACCGCCAUUCGUUCGACUGUUACUACGACCCCGAAGUUGAUCAGAGGAGGGGCAGCAUCGAUGUCCACGGCCACCACAGAGGAGGGGGAGUCUGCCUCAACUGUCAGCAUCACACCACUGGAGUCAACUGUGAGCGCUGCAUCCCCACCUACUACAGGUCACCUGACCACCCCAUUGACUCCCCGCUGGCCUGUUCACCCUGUGACUGUCAGUCAGAGUUUACAGACGGUACCUGUGAGGAUCUGACCGGUCGCUGUUUCUGCAAACCGAAUUACACCGGGGAGAACUGUGACUCCUGCGCCAGCGGCUUCAUCAACUUCCCUGACUGUUACCCCAUCCCCACCUAUCCCACCAACAACAACGGCGAGGCAAAACCAGCAGGAGAGAUCAUCAACUGUGAGUGCAGUGCAGCGGGUACUGUGGAUAACUCGUGCAGGCCGGACCCCCGAACUCGAACCUGCAUCUGUAAGCCAGGUUUCACUGGUGACCACUGUGACACCUGUGCUCCGGGUUUCUAUGGACUCAACUGUCAGGCCUGUCAGUGUUCAGGCCCCGGCUGUCUGGAUGGGUCAUGUGACAUGGUGACCGGUCACAGUGUGUGUCGGAGCGGUUUCCAGGGCUACCAGUGCGACCAGUGUGCACCGGGCUACUUCAACUACCCGCUCUGCCAACUGUGUGGUUGCAGCUCAGUCGGCUCUCUCCCUGAAGUCUGCGAUGCAUCCGGUCGCUGUCUGUGUAAACCUGAGUUUCAGGGACCUCGAUGUGAACAGUGCAGAUCUGGAUUCCACUCCUACCCCAACUGUCAAGCGUGCACCUGUGAUCCCCGCACCUCACUGGACGCCAGCUGCACUGCCUCGGGUCACUGCCACUGCCGGCCCAAUUACAGCGGAGCGUCGUGUGACCAGUGUGCUCCUGGUUACUAUGGUUACCCAAGCUGCACGCCCUGCCAGUGUUCUGCGGAGGGCUCUCGCUACACCAGCUGUGACCAGGUGACAGGACAGUGUGUGUGUCUGCCCAAUGUGGUGGGAAUUAGGUGUGACAGCUGUGCACACGGCGCCUACGGCUUCCCCAACUGCCAAGCUGGUACCUGUCACCCUGUCGGCUCUGUUCAGAAUGUGGUACAGCCACCGGUGGGCCAAUGUGAGUGCCGUCGCCACGUGGAGGGCCCAGCCUGCGACAAAUGUAAACCUCUGUACUGGAACCUAUCUCCUGACACGCCUGAGGGAUGCUCCAACUGUGAGUGUCAUAUUGCAGGGACUCUGAGUGGAGUUGCAGAGUGUGCACAGGAAACUGGUCAGUGUCACUGUAAACCAAACGCCUGCAGUGGAACCUGCUCUACAUGUAAAGAUGGCUACUACAACCUGCAGGAGCACAGCUACUUUGGCUGCCAGGGUUGCCAGUGUGACAUCGGGGGUUCGGCAGGUCAGUCCUGUGGAGAGAGGAACGGCCGUUGUCGCUGCAGACCCAACGUGGACGGACCAAAGUGUAACCUACCUCGUCCAGAUCAUUACUUCCCAGACCUCCAUCAUCUGAAGUUUGAGAUUGAGGAGGGGACCAUGCUGGAUGGCAGAGCGGUGCGAUUCGGCUACAACCCUCUUGAGUUCAAAGACUUCAGCUGGAGAGGUUACGCUCAGAUGACCCCGAUCCAGUCCAAGGUGUUGGUGUCAGUGUCAGUCAGCUCUCCAGACCUUUUCCAUGUGGUGCUGCGUUACGCCAACUGGGGGGGUUCGGAUGUUCGGGGCAGGGUGUCGGUCAUAGAGGACGGCUGGAGCUACUACUGUGGUAACUGUUCGGAGCAGUCCAAACAGAUCGUCUUUGCUCCGAGUGUGGAGCCGACCUUUGUCAACGUUCCCCAGAAUAACUUUGUGGAACCGUUUGUCCUGAACCCGGGAACUUGGACUGUGGUUAUUGAGGCUGAGGGAAUCCUGCUGGAUUACUUAGUCCUGCUGCCCAGUGCCUACUACGAAGCUCCCAUCCUGCAGAUCAGGGUUACAGAACCCUGCACCUACAGCUCUGUACCUGACGGCAACCAGAACUGUCUGCUGUACAGGUAUCUCUCUCUGGACUCCUUCCCCUCCAUCUCCGGCAAUGAUGCCAGCUGCCGCAAUGACAACCACCUGCCGCGCCCCUGCCCAACUGAGAAGGUCACCCCGCGCCACCCGGACAUGGCCGUCUGCAGCGGCUACGAUAUCAGCGUCGAGCUGCAAGGCCGUCUGCCGUCUCCCGGGGAUUACGUUCUGGUGGUGGAAUAUUCCAGUGAGGAAGAAUUGCCGCAAACUUUGUCUGUUGCCGUCAACAUGCCGGGAGCACGAACCCACCAGCACCGUGUCACCCUUUUACACUGCAAAUACAGCUUCCUGUGUCGAGUCGUGGCCAUCGAUGCACAGAACAGAGUGGCUGUCUUCUCUCUGCCCGCCGAGACCGAGGUCCAGCUCGUCUCCGACCGCGCCAGCUUCUUCCUGCACAAAGUCUACCUGGUGCCUAAAGACCAGUUUACCAUGGAGUACGUUGAACCUAAAGUCCACUGCAUCAGCACUCAUGGACAGUUCUCACCUGACAGUUCCUCCUGUGCCCCCUCACACUUCCAGACCCCGUCAGACUCUGUGGUCCUGAAGGACGGCCAGAGCUCCUCCAUGCAGGAGCCCAUCCUGGCCUCCCCUGCAGCAGCUCCCUCUACGCCCUUCCAGCAGAGGGAUGAGUCGGCCUGGACCGGAGGAGAAAGACCUCCCCAUGGAGCAGAUAACAGCGACCACGUCAGGCUGGACUCAGUGCAGAAUGCAGCAGUGUUCUCGACUCGCGUCCAUGCCCUGGGCCGUUACGUCUUCAUCCUCCACUAUCACCAGCCUCUCCACCCCACCUAUCCUGUGCAGGUCUACAUUAACGGAGGACGAAUCUGGCAAGGUUAUGCCAACGCCUCCUUCUGUCCCCACGCUUACGGCUGCCGUAACGUCCUGAUCUCUGAGAAUCAGAUCAUUCUGGACGUGACCGACCACGAGAUCUUCCUCACUGUGCAGAUACCCUCAGGCAAGACGCUGUGGCUGGAUUAUGUGCUAGUUGUGCCUCAGACGAGCUACAGUUCCACUUACCUGAACGAGGAACCUCUGGACAAAUCCUAUGACUUUAUAAGCAACUGUGGCCAAAACAGUUUCUACAUCAAUCCCGCCACCGCCUCCAAGUUCUGCCUCAGCUCGGCGGUGUCUCUAUCAGCCUUCUUCAACAACGGGGCGAUGCCUUGUGCCUGUCACGAGGUCGGAGCCGAGAGCGACACCUGCGAGACGUUCGGCGGUCAGUGCCGCUGCAGACCAAACGUGAUCGGCCGAGACUGCUCCACGUGUGCCACGGGCUACUGGGGCUUCCCCAACUGCAGACCCUGCAACUGUGGCACGAGGUUAUGUGAACCCGUGACCGGUGAUUGUAUCUGCCCUCCGAGGACUCUGCGCCCUGAGUGCACCCAGUGUGAGCCCCAGACGUUUGGCUGCCACCCAGUGGUGGGGUGUGAGGUCUGCAACUGCUCUCGGCCCGGCAUCAGUUCCCCCGAUGUCAGCUGCGACAUGCUCAGCGGACAGUGCAGAUGUAAGAACAACGUCGUCGGCCGUCAGUGUGACCGCUGCGCCCCUGGUUUCUAUGGUUACCCCAACUGCAGGCCCUGUGACUGCAACGAGGCGGGAACCGAAGAGGAAGUGUGUGACUCCUUCAGAGGACAGUGUCUCUGCAAGGAGAACGUCCAGGGUUCUCGCUGCGAUCAGUGCAGAGUUGGUACCUUCCACUUGGACCCAACCAACCCGAAGGGCUGCACCAGCUGUUUCUGCUUCGGAGCCACCGACCGCUGUCGCAGCUCUGACAAAAGACGGACCGAGAUCAUGGACAUGGAGGGCUGGGUGCUGCUUGGAGCAGACAGACAGGAGGUACCAGUGACAUUGUAUCCUGGUCAGGACCUUGUAGAGGCUGACCUCAGUGAUGUACCUGAUGUCUACCAGGAUCUCCACUGGCAUGCGCCAAAGACUUACCUGGGAGACAAGGUCUCAUCCUAUGGAGGUUAUCUGAGGUAUCGUCUCCACACUCAGACCAUGAGAGGCGAUGUGUUGUCUCUGCCUGCAGAAGCCUCCAGGCCUGACAUUAUUCUCAAGGGUAACCAGAUGACCCUGGUGUUCAUGGAGAGAGAGUACUCCUCACCUGAAGAGCCCCACCUGGGCAUAGUUCACAUGGUCGAGGGAAGUUUCCGUCACGCUCAGACCGGUAACUCUGUGUCUCGGGAGGAACUAAUGAUGGUUCUGGUCGGUCUAGAGUCCCUGCAGAUCCGAGCCCUCCACUCCCAGUCGGCCCACUCCGUGUCGCUCCGCGGUGCCGUGCUGGAGGGCGCUGAUAGCCUGCCCGCCGGUCGCCAUGCCAACAACGUGGAGAUCUGCAUGUGUCCCGCCAACUACCUGGGAGACUCGUGUCAGAAAUGUGCUCCUGGCUACUACAGAGACACCAUUGGCCUGUUUCUGGGGAAAUGUGUUCCCUGUAACUGUAACGGACACUCUGACCAGUGUCUGGACGGAUCUGGAAUCUGUGUGAACUGCCAGCACAACACGGCCGGCGAGCACUGUGAGAAGUGUCAGGGUGGGUUCCUUGGCAACAACAGUCUCGACGGACAGGCAGUGUCAUGUUCCAGUUGUCCCUGCCCACUGCGGGUCCCAUCCAACAAUUUUGCAGAGGGUUGCACGCAGAAAAACGACAGGAUGCAGUGUCUGUGCAUGCCAGGUUAUGCUGGACCACACUGUGAAAGGUGUGCCCCCGGUUUCUACGGCAACCCCAUGGUGCUCGGCAGCAGGUGCCAGCCCUGCCAUUGCUACGGCAACACCGACUCCAACAUGCUCUUCACCGACUGUCACCCGCUGACCGGAGAGUGUCUGAGCUGCAUGCACAACACAGCCGGGCCUCACUGUGAUAUCUGCGGCCCCGGUUACUACGGCGACGCCAUCACUGCCAAAAACUGCACCAAAUGCAACUGUUCUCCAUGCGGCACCGAGUCAUGUGACCCUCAUACGGGACAGUGUCGCUGUAAACCAGGAGUCGCUGGACCGCGCUGUGACCGCUGUGAGGAUGGCUCAUUUGGCUUCGACUCCUGCUCUGGCUGUCGUCAGUGCGACUGCGAAGCCUCGGCGGCUCUUGUCCAGCCGUGCAACCCCGAGAGCGGUCAGUGUUCCUGUCAGCCUGGAGUCAACGGACCAAACUGCAGACAGUGUGCCCCUGGGUACUGGGACUAUGGACCUAAUGGAUGCAAGAAGUGCGACUGUAGGGGCGCUCACUGUGACCCACGGACAGGAGAGUGCCGCUGCCCUGAAGGGAUGACAGGAAAACAGUGCGACACCUGCAUACAAGAGCACAGCGUACCUUUAGAGCACCAGCAAGGCAUGCACUGUGAACUGUGCGACAGCUGUGUCAUCGUCCUUUUGGAGGAUCUGGACAAGUUGAACGACAACUUCCGCUCAGUGGCCGGUCAGCUGAGCAAUCUCAACGCCAGCUCCAUGGCCUGGUCUCAGCUGCGCAACCUCAACAAGUCAGUGGAGGAAGUUGCUCGUGCCUUAGAGAACUACAACAAUACCCUGGAUGAGGGCAGGAGUCGGGCCGACAUGCUGGAUGCUGAGAUCACGAAUAUCAAUGCUGACAUUGAUGAACUGCAGGGCAAGGCAGCAGAGAUGACCGACAGGGUUGGUGGCCUGCAGGACAAUACCACUAACACACACCAGAAGGCACAAGAUCUGCUCUCGUUCAUCAAAAACCUGACCAGGGAUAUAAAUGAUAUCAUGAUGAUGACAAACAGGUCGUCACUGAAUGACACAGAGGCAGAGCAGGAUGACGACGACAGGGAGAGGAAGAUGAGGGAGGUGCAGGCCAUGAUGAGAGAGAUGAGGAACAGGACCUUUGUGGGACAGAGGAAGCUGGCCGACAAAGAGAAGACGGAGGCAGGAAAAUUGUUGGACCGAGUCAACAAGGAGCUGGCAGGUCGUCAUGGUGAAAACAAUGACUUGGCCAAGGCCAUCAGAGACCGUUUGACCCGCUUCCACUCUGAAAUGAUGGACCUGAGAGACGCCCUGAAUGAGGCCGUGAACAACACCGCCAGAGCGGCAGAAAUCAACAAUGCCAAUGAGAAAACACUGGAGGACAACAAGAGGCAGAUAGAAGACCUGCUGUCCAAGCAGAAGGAGGUGAACGACCAGUUGAACAUGGCUGAAGAUGAUGUAGCCCAGGUCAACGAUGUGCUGUCCAUGCUGCAGGACUCUAAAGAGGAGUACGAGCGGUUGGCGGCCCAGCUGGACGGCGCCAGGACACCGUUGGCGAAGAAAGUGCAGAGCUUUGCUUCGGCCGAAUCCAAGAUCCCCCUGGUGGAGGCGGCCGAGAAACACGCUGAGCUGCUGAACGCUUUAGCCAUGAACCUAUCCAGUUUGGUUGCAGAAACUAAGAAGGACGGACUUAUAGAUGUAACGCAAUCCUACAGCAAGAUUAUCAACAGCAUCAAGGAGGCAGAGGAGGCUGCCAAGAUGGCCGACAAGGCCGCUAACGCCGCUGUGGAGGACCAGGACCUCGGUCAGAUCGCUGAUUCUCUGAGGAACCACAGUGUGGAGCUAAAUGACGAAGUGGAGAAGCUGAAUGAUGAGCUCAACAACGACCUGAAGCCCCAGCUAAAAGAAGCUCAGAAGCGACUGGAUAAUGCCAAAACCAAACAGGUUCAAGUGAUGAAGCACCUGGAGAAAAUUCAGAAAAACCUCAACCUCACCACAAAUGUGAGUCAGGAGAUCAACGAGGCGAAGCGAGCGGCAAAUCUGGCAAACACCACGGCCAGCCAAGUCAACGAUGCCCUGCGCCCCAUCAAGGAGCAGCUUGACCAAUGGAAGCAGACCUACGGAUACGCUAACGUCACCAACGACGACAUCAACAAGGCGCUGAUGGAGGCCAACAAGACUGUGCACGAGCUGGGCAGCGCUAUUCCUACACUACUAACGAAGUUGGAUCAACUACAGAAUCACUCCAUCCAGAUGCCAAACAUCUCUGAGAACAUCAACCGCAUCCGACAGCUCAUACAGCAGGCGCGCAACGCUGCCAGCAAGGUGAGCGUGCCGGUGAAGUUUAAUGGGGCGUCCGGUGUCCAGGUUCGUACUCCACCUAACCUGGCCGACCUGGCUGCCUACACCUCCCUGAAGUUGUACAUCACUCUGCCAGAGGCGUCACGGGCGCGGCGGCAGGGCGACGGCACCCAACAGUUUGUCUUCUACCUCGGCAACAAGGAUUCCAGUAAGGAGUUCCUGGGCAUGGCGUUGGAGGGGAAGCGACUGCGUUGGUACUUUAACGUUGGAGGAGAAACUGCUGAGGUGCAGAUGCCUGAAGACGUCAAGUCUAAUGGAAACUUCAACAGCGUAGUGCUGGAGAGGAUCCUCCAGUAUGGUCAAAUGUCCAUGUCUUCAGAAGCCACUGAGGGGGACCAAAGAGUCACCAAGGCCAAUGUGGAGGCCGGAGGAGAUAACGGGCUGCUCAACCUCUUGACUGAUGACACUGUCUUCUACGUGGGAGGCUACCCGAGUAAUUUCAAACCCCCCUCCCCGCUUGCUCUGCCUAACUUUAAGGGCUGUAUCGAGCUAGACACACUGAACGAGGAGGUGCUCAGUCUGUAUAACUUUGAAAGAAACUUCAACCUCAACACCACGGCGGAGAAACCUUGCGGCAGGUCCAAGCCGGUGCUGACUCAGGCCUGGGUGAAUGACGCAGCGUAUUUUGAUGGUACCGGCUUCGCUGAGAUCUCCAUUACUGAUGAAUCAGCUCGUAUUCAGCGCUUUGAACAGGAAGUCAAACUGCUUUCACACAAAGGGAUACUGCUCUUGCUGCAAAACAGGAAUCAGUUCCUGUGUCUGGCGGUGCUUAAGGGCAGAGUGAAGGUUUUCUAUGAUUUUAGUGAUAAGCUGGUGGAACUCGAGCCUAAAGAGCCGACUUCAGAUGUCCUGAAGAUCAGCGACGCCGACCCCAAAGCUCUGGAGAUUAUCAUCCUGCGUGGAAGCCCGAACCGCAUCGUGGUGAGGAACAACCGCGUCAACCUUUACAACCACCAGUUCACAGAGAGCAUCCCUCCAUUCAGCGGCAACUAUUUCCUGGGAGGAGUACCAGAGGAAAAGAUGCCCGAGAAGUUGAAGUCUUGGUUCCCUAAGCAGGGCUCUCUGAAGGGCUGUUUCAGGAACGUGAAGGCCCAGAACUCUCACAUCGACCUGAAGAGGAUGAAGAGCUCCGGAGUCAGUUUCGGCUGUGACAGUGACCUGCUGGUGGCUCGUGAGGCUCAUUUCUCCGGUCAGAGCUACCUGGAUUUGGCCCUGACCAACAUCCCCAGUCUCAGGAACAACUUCUACACAAGUUUCAGCUUCAGAACCGCCAAAAAGGAAGGACUCAUGUUCUACCACCACGAUCAGGAAGGAGUGUGUCAGGUGUUGUUGCAUGAUGGUCACGUGGUGGUGAGAGCUGGCAACAGUGAGAUUAGGACGCAGAAGACGUACAACGAUGACAACAGCCACUACAUUUCUAUCUACAACAACAUCAAUGGGAUGCGUCUGUACAUGGACGACGUGCUGGAGAAAGCGAAGGAGGGCAUCCGGGUGGACAGCAGGGGGCGUGGGGUGACGACCUCGGUGGGCAGGACCUUCCUGGGGGGAAUGCCCGACCAAACCUUCACCAACCUCACCGGAUGUAUCAGCAAUGUUUUCAUCAAGAGGGAAACGAGUCCUCAGAUGGUUUUGAAUCUGCUAAAAGCUAAAGAAAACGUCAACGUUCCUCUGGAUUGUCCCGCUGCCAAAAAACCCCAGCAGAUUGUCGCAGCCCAGCCCAAACACAGCAACAAACCCAAGGGUAAGCACAAGAAGCCAUCGGGAUCUCGCAGUCGUAACACCAGGGAGUCCUGUCAGGGGGAGCUGUCCGAACAAGAGACGGGGGCGACGCACUUCAGCGGCUCCACGCACAGCUACCAGAGAUACGACUCUCUGCCCGGUUCACUCGGCCCAAUGCCUCACAUCUCCAUGUCGGUGCGGAUCAACUCCUCCGAUGGUUUGGUGCUUUAUGCAGCUGGCGGGCAGCGCGGCGGAGCCGUCAUGUCCCUCGCCGCGUCGGGCGGCCACCUGCUGCUUUUGCUGGACGGAGGGAAGAGAAAGGUCAGCCUGCGCAGCCGCAGGAAGUACGACGACGAUCAGUGGCACACGGUCUUUAUAAAGCGUGACGGAGAGAAGAUCAGUCUGGUAGUGGACGGUAUCAGCGCGCAGUCCAAGAGAAUUCCUGGAGGAGACAGGACUCGUCUCACUGGGCCGUUGUAUGUUGGAGGCGCCCCCCCCCCACUGAUGGCCCCAGGCUCUGGUGGUCUCAUCGGUUGCGUCAGGGACCUGACGCUGAACGAGGCCCCCGCAGGCAGCCCCACUCACAGCCAGGGGACGGUGCCCUGCUUCCUAAACCCUCUACAGCCCGGAGCCUACUUCUCUGGACAGGGAGGACACGUGGCAAUAGAUGAGUCCUUGAUUCUGGGUCGGGAUCUUGAGAUCCAGUUGGAGGUUCGACCCGUCUCGGACUCUGGGCUGCUGUUGCAUGCUGGGACAUCAUCUGACCAGCACCUGAGUUUGGUCCUCAGGCAGGGAGAGGUGACCGUCUCAGUGAACAGUGGCAGAGGUGACUUCUCUACCUCCUUCACUCCUGAAGAACCUCUAUGUAACGGACGCUGGCACACAAUCACAGUGGUGAAGAGGAAUAACGUUCUGCAGCUUCAGGUGGAUGCAGCCACUGAGCACAGCGUCGGCCCCAAGCAGAGCCGCUCUGCAGGGGCCAAGGAGACCGUUUACCUUGGAGGGGUACCUGGUGGCGUCACAGUCCCCGGUCUGCCGGCCGGCCUGCCGGCCUUCCACGGCUGCGUCCGCCGAGCGACCGUCAACCACAGACCUGCCGCGUUGUCCAAACCGCUCGCUGUGCACGGAUCUGUGGGUACGCAGGGCUGUCCACACAUGUAAACCCAACACACACAGUCUUAUCCUCACAUUCCCCGACUACAAAUUACUGGUGGUGGGUGUCAUGUUACUGUAGCUUAUUUAAAAUAUAUAUUAAUAUUUAUUGUCUAUUUUCAGAAAAAUGUAUAUUUUAUAUUUUCCUGUUUGUCGUCGCGCUACAGGGUGCUACAACGGUGACAACUGUCUGCACGUAGAGAUGCACUGAUACAAUAUUUCAGAUAUCAACUCUCAACAUCCCAAAUCAAUUAUGAAAUGUGUAGUAUAUUGUAAAUAAAGGCAACACAGCUUGAAAUGUCGCUUUUUUUUUUUUUUUUUUUUUACAAAUGAUGAAAACUAAAUUAUAACUUGGAUCAUUAUUUUUGGCUCCUGAAUCUGCAGUAUGUUCAAGUCCCGGAUGUACACAGCUGCGUAUUGUGCAUCUCUAGCAGAGAAUGUUAAUACCUACUGAGUCGGUACACUGUGAGCUUAUGUAAUAUAUGAGCAAAGUCCUCAGGCAGCGUUGCCUGCAGCCCGGACUAGGGCUGAACUUCUGGGAAACUCUGAGUUUGUUCAGUCUGUUACAUGAACGGACAAGAUUUUGGACUCGGCUAAUAACCGUCUGAGUAACUACAGUAUCUGAGGCGGGAGUCCUCUUUCUCCUCCUCACAUACAAAUCCAACAUGUUGUUGAAGUCUUUUUCUUGCUUCUCGGAUUUUGUGCGUCAGCCUUGGUGACAAUGCUGCGUCCAGGUCACGUCGGUCACGGUCAUUACCGUUUUGACCUGCGAGUAGUGGUCACGUGAAACACAGGUUUUUCUGAAAGCUCUGGUGACAGGGCCCCAGUCAAAGUUCAAGGUAAUUAAACCCAAAUUGAACGAAUAUAGUUCUAACGCUACAAUCACGCGAACGCUCGGGAGUCCUAGGCACCGCACCAAUUCCCGCAGCGGAACUGUCCCAUCUGUCGGCUCCUGUCCGGGCUGCAGGCAGCGUUUCCCGUCUCUAUUCCGUCGUCAUUGUAAACAUGUACCAAACGCGUGUGAAGCUUGUAUGUUAUAUAACCACUUUAUAAAAGAUCUCACAGAAGGAAUAAGCUGUCCCUCGCCCUCACUCCCGGCCCCCAUGUGUUGUAAAUGCAUUUCUAAAUAAAGUUGUUUUUUUUCAUACAA